ACUUCGUUACCCACAAUGCGCCACUGAAGGAUGGCGAAAAAGUAAACGUCCAAGGUACAAGUCGUUCGUACAAGAAAAAUAUCUACCGAGUUAGCGAUAAACGUGGAUGUUCGUGGUCAGAUAUAGAUAAGUGCGUCUUGUGCACGUUGUGUAAACGACGAGUUGGACGGAUUUCCUUUGAGUUGGUGCAAAACGACUUUUCUUCUACAGCAUGGCAGAACCAAAAACACAAGGAGAGCCGCUGCCUGAAGAUGUUGGUACAGACGACUGCCUGACAUCAUACACACACAUCUACAGUCCAGAUUUACUCAAGGAUCAGGUUGCUUUUAUUACUGGCGGAGGAUCUGGAAUUGGACUCCGUAUCGCUGAAAUCUUCAUGAGACACGGCUGUGACACAGUGAUUGCCAGCAGGAACUUAGACAAGCUCAAAGAGGCAGCUAAAAAGCUGUCUGCUGUGACAGGACGCCACUGUCUUCCUUUGUGUAUUGAUGUGAGGCAGCCUGACAGCAUCGCUGCUGCUGUAGAUGAGACGCUGAAGGAGUUCGGCCGUGUAGACAUCCUUAUUAACAAUGCUGCUGGAAACUUCCUGUGCCCUGCUACUUCGCUCUCCUUCAACGCCUUCAAGACAGUUAUGGAGAUAGACACUAUGGGAACAUUCAACACCAGCAAGGUUGUUUAUGAGAAGUGGUUCAAGGAUCAUGGUGGCAACAUUGUCAACAUCUCAGCAACACUUGGAUACAGAGGGCAGGCCCUGCAGGUUCACGCCGGCUCUGCCAAGGCAGCGAAUGAUGCCAUGACCAAGCACCUGGCUGUGGAGUGGGGGCCCAACGGGGUGAGAGUCAAUGCUGUGGCUCCAGGUCCUGUCUCCGGCACGGAGGGCUUCCGCAGACUGGGUGGCCCUACAGGGGAGGCUGCCGGCGCCUUCCUGUCCAUUCCUUUGCAGCGGGCUGGCAACAAGACAGAGAUGGCCCACUGCACUCUUUUCUUGGCCAGCCGAGCGUCUUCUUAUGUGACCGGAGCCGUCCUGGUGGCGGAUGGCGGCGCGUGGCUGACCUCAGCCAACGACCUCUCCACGCUGUUGGGUAUAGCCUCCUCUAAAUCUGCUAAACUGUGAACAGGGACUCCCCUGUCCUCCUCCUGGCCCAGGUUAUUGGUCAUCUGAAAAGAAAAGAGACAAGUAAAUGCUGAAAACUCAAGGCAAAUUUAGCACCUCUCUGUAGUACGGAUGUGUUACAUGUACAGUAUGUGUAGUUCAUUUUACCUUCUGGUGGCUUGAGAGUUUAAAGCACACUAGUACACUACAUUGACUGUGUUCUCAAUCUUAUUAAUUAAGACUGUAUAAUAAUAGUCAACCAUUCCAGGGCAUUGUCAUCAUGUCUUGUUUACCACCUGCCAGUUGAUGCGUUUUCCCGUAAUCUGUUAAUUAAACUCUUACUCAUACUUUCACCUGGA